UUCCUUCAGGAAUCAAACCCACGGUUUAACCCGCAGCUCCACAGCAGCAGAUCCUCGUCCUGCAGCGGGCCUCUGCUCCCCGGGUCCCGGUGUGUGUGAGUCUGUGAGCCGGGUCAUGAGGCUCCGGGGCUGGGUCUCCUCCUCCUGUCACCUCGCUGCAGGUCUCCGCUCCGCCCGGAGGAAACAGGCGGGGUCUCUGUUUUCCUUCAGCCAGAAACACGUGUGUGUCCCCGGUCACUCUGCAGCCGACAGCACCGACAACACCACUGACAACACCACCACCGACACUAACCACAACUUGAAUCACAACAUGGCCGAGGAGGCGAAGAAACUGGCCGCUUACGCCGCAGUAAACAACCACGUCCAGAACAACCAGGUGGUCGGGGUGGGCAGCGGGUCGACCAUCGUCUACGCUGUGGACCGACUGGCGGAGCGAGUGCGUCAGGAGAAACUCAACAUUGUGUGUGUGCCCACGUCCUUCCAGGCUCGUCAGCUGAUCCUGCAGCACGGCCUCACGCUGUCGGACCUGGACAGACACCCAGAGUUGGACGUAGCGAUCGACGGAGCGGACGAAGUGGACGCAGACCUGACGCUGAUCAAAGGUGGAGGCGGCUGCCUGACUCAGGAGAAGAUUGUCGCUGGCUGUGCUAAACAUUUCGUUGUCAUCGCCGACUACAGGAAGGACUCCCAGGCUCUGGGUCAGCAGUGGAAGAAGGGCGUUCCUCUGGAAGUGAUCCCGAUGGCGUACGUCCCCGUCUCCAGGACCAUCGCCAGACGCUUCGGGGGGGAGGCCACUCUGAGGAUGGCCGUGAGCAAAGCAGGUCCUGUGGUCACCGACAACAGUAACUUCCUCCUGGACUGGAAGUUUGAAGGUGCUCAGAACUGGAAGGAGGUCAACACUGCGCUCAAGAUGAUUCCAGGCGUGGUGGAGACGGGCCUCUUCGUGGGCAUGGCUGAACGAGCCUACUUUGGGAUGGAGGACGGGAGCGUGCAGGUUCGUGAUCCUCCCGUCCACUGAGGAGGUUGGAGCCCCCCCCCCCCCCCCCCCCCUCCCGACUGACCUCCCUUCUCCCUCAAGUGCCUUCAGAGGGACGGGACAGACCUGAAGCAGGGACGUCUCCAAUCAUCUCAUCUCCCAACCCGGACAAAUUCACCAUCACUUGGUUUCUCUCGUCGGGUCUUUAUCAUGUGGUGCUUCUGGUUCUGUGAGUGUUAAAGUGCCUGAUGAGUGAAAUCCAAUAUACCAGAUGUACUUUUUUAAGUUUUUCUUUUUCCAGUGUUUGCUCAGCUCAGCCUCGUGGUUCCUGGCUCACCCUGUCAUUAGCAGGUUGGACUGGAGGGCUGCGGUGCUGCGGUGCUCAGGCAGAGUGCUGAGUCACUGCUGCAGGAUAACGUGAGCCUGGAGCUUCUAAACAGAAAUGACGCCAUUCAGGUUUUCAUCUGAGCAGCUCAUAGAAAAACCUCCUUCAUCGAAUCAGCAAAGUUCAGCAGUCUGAACUGUUCACAUCUUUUCUCUGCUGAGCGUUGGUGAAAAAUCGUCUCAGCUGCUGUGGACCAAUGAUUCGGUUUCCUGCUCUGACUAAAGACAGAGUUUGAGAAAUCUGUGGUUUCCUCUCAGUUUCAACACCAGUGGAGAGAUGAGGAGUAAAGUCCACAGUGUGUGAGUGUGUUUCUGUUAGUGCAUGUGUUUUGUUUUCUUCUUCUGUGAUCCACAUGCAUGACUCCUCUCAUUCCUCACACAGGCCCUAGUGAUGAUCUGCAGGUGUGUUGUUAACGUUUCAUGUUUAAUAAUGAGCUGUGGAGAUCAGAUAUGAACCAACACGUGUGAUGUGCCUUGAUAAGUCAACACAAUAGAGAUUCCACUUUGUGUCGAAGUCACAAACCUCAAACCUCCCUGAGAGCUGCACGGUUCAGUUCUAUAAAAGACGAUUCAAUACGUGAAUCAUUAAUAAAAGAUCCACCAAGAAGCAUCUUAGAUAUUUCAUGUGUUGUCAGGUUUUAUUAUACAUCUUAAAACUGAAUGGUGCAGUUUGAAGAGGGAGAUGAACUCACUGUGCAGCCAGCUCACGUGCUGAUACUUCACUGUCCACACUCACCAGCAGAUCAGUGAGCGUUUGUCCUUCUGGGGAUUCGACCUCCUCACUCUGCCCCCGGCUCACGAUGCCGUCCUCUGGUUUUAUCUUCUCAUGUUUCUGUGUUUGUCUGAACAGCGAGGAGACGCUCAGGAAGUCUUUUCUGUCACAUGAGGUCAGAGUUCUCAGGUACGAUGCAUCGGAUGCUGUUCUAUUAUGGGAUGUUUACGACAGGAAGUGACAGAGUGUGGUUCAAUUCAGAGUGAGCACCAUGAUGGAUAUUUGUGCACCAGCGUUUCUUUUUCUUCUCUUUACCAACCGACUGUGAUAAUGAUUUUUCUGCUGUGAAGGUACGAUUUCUUUUUGCCAAACAAUAAAAGACCAAAACUCAAA